UCGCCAGUUGUACAAACAGGAAGUAGAGAAAUAGCGAACAGCGGUGUGAAUUUUGUCAAGAUUUGCGUUUCAUAGACACGAAUAAAACUGCUAUGGAGCACGAGGUAGAAAAGCUGAAGCAACAGUUGUUGGCGAAAGACAACGAAAUAGCCGUCUUAAAGGAAAAGCUUGCAUUGCAAAAGGACUCCCGGUGCACUUCUUCAGCAGCUGGUUUACAAGAAGUAGUCACAGAGCUGAGCCGUUUGGAGGAAAGGACAGCCCUUUCCAAUGAAGAAAUCAUGAGGUACAGCAGACAGCUGCUCCUGCCGGAGCUCGGAGUCAAAGGUCAGUUAACCCUUUCAAAUACGUCUGUCCUGGUUGUUGGGUGUGGAGGGCUGGGAUGCCCUUUGGCACAGUAUGUUGCAGCAGCUGGCAUUGGUCGUCUGGGGCUGCUGGAUUAUGAUGAGGUUGAGCUGAGUAACCUGCACCGGCAAGUUCUACAUGGAGAGGACAGACAAGGCCGGCCCAAAGCACAGUCCGCAGCAGAGUCACUGAAGAGGCUCAACUGUAAAGUACAGUAUGUACCUUAUAACAUGCAACUGACUCCUGAGAAUGCCCUGCAGCUCAUUCAACAGUAUGACAUUGUGGCUGACUGCUCAGACAAUGUCCCCACACGCUACCUGGUUAAUGAUGCCUGUGUUCUCAGUGGGAAACCUUUGGUUUCAGCCAGUGCUCUGAGAAUGGAGGGACAGCUCACUGUGUACAACUGCAGAGGUGGUCCGUGCUACAGAUGUCUUUACCCAAAGCCUCCUCCACCGGAGACAGUUACCAACUGCUCAGACGGAGGGGUUCUAGGUGUGGUUCCAGGAAUCAUGGGAUGCAUUCAAGCCCUGGAGGUCCUGAAGAUCGCUUCUGGAAAAGAAUCUUCCUACAGGCAGCAGAUGUUACUGUUUGACGCCCUGGAUACUCGCUUUCGUACAAUUAAGCUGAGACCCAAGCAGGCUGGCUGUGCAGUGUGUGGAGAGAAUCCAACUGUGAAAGCCCUCAUGGACUAUGAGAAGUUCUGUGGGUCUUCAGCAGCUGACAAGUGCAGGAAUUUAUGUUUGCUUCCAAAAGAGCAAAGAAUAUCUGUGCAGGAGUACAAACAGGUAUUGGAUACCCGGAUCCCUCACCUUCUCGUGGAUGUCCGUCCACCUGUAGAGGUUGACAUCUGCCAUCUGCCUUUUUCACUCAACAUUCCUCUUGCUAGUUUAGAAGGCAAGAAAGCACAACAGCUAGAACUUCUGAAAGAGAAAAUUGCUGAAGUUAAGCAACAGACAAACCAGGAAUCUGUUUUUCCAGUGUAUGUGAUCUGCAAAGUUGGAAAUGAUUCUCAGAAGGCAGUGCAGAUUUUGCAGAUGAUGUCAGGAAAGGAGCUGCAUUCUGUACUAGUAAAAGAUAUUCAGGGAGGAUUAAUGGCUUGGGCUCGCAAGAUUGACCCAACACUUCCCCAGUAUUAA